AUGAAGCUCGCAUUUGGUGCUUUUAUCUGCCUCGCCGCGGCCCUCGUGCCAGCUGCUCAGGCUGCAUCCGUCGGUAUGGCCUUCCAGCGUCGUGACGCCGUCGUCACUUCUCAGUCGGGUUCUACCAGCCCCGAGUUCGGUCUCAACCUGGCCAACCAGUACCUCAAGCGGAACGGUCAGGGUCUGCCUGCGCCCAAGGACGUCAAGUCGACCUUCCCCACUUGCCAGUGGCGACACUACAACGGUCAAUAUGCCUUCCUCGACGACUACAACGUGUCGUGCUAUCUGUCGCCAUCUUACAAGUACCACGCCUACUCUGUCGCGAAGGCCAUGAACGUCACGGCCAGCCUGACGCCGCCUGGUGGAGCCUGCUUCGACACCGCCAACCCGGCCGCCUACCCUGCCGGCAUCCCCCGGUACACGAUGGCAGUCCCAUACCUGUACUUCAACAACGUCUACGACCGUCGCUGCAAGGUUCGUGCCAUGAUCAAGGUGCCCAAGACCGACGAGCACGCCGAGUACUGGGUCCAGGCCUGGGUUGUCGAGCACGACGGUGGCUACUGGGACAACACUGGCAAGAACAACCCCAACGGCCCUCAAGUGGGCGUGCUGAUCGACGAGGGUCUGUACCCCAAGUUCUUUAACAAGAACCAGAAGGACCCCGACUUCAAGGGCGUCACCAACGUCGAGUGGUUCUUCCUCGACAUCAACACCAUCGGUUAG